UCCAAAACGAAGACCCUGAGCUUCAUUCAAUAUGUCUAUCCACGAUAUCUGGUUUGCCUAGAUUGAAAAAUUGUAUCUGGAUCUUGAUCUAUGGCUUCUGCGAAGGACUGAAGAUCAGUCUGGCUGUAUGUAUCGUCACAACCGACUGAGUAACUGAAAAAUCUGAGCUUUUCGGCUUGUUAGGCCGGCAUGUUAUGAGUGGGACGAGAGGAGGUCAUCUUUCAUCGACGGAGGCAGGUUUUUGGUGCCUCCAUUUCUGAUCUGGAGGACGCGAGCUCUUAUUCUCUCUCUCCACCACCUUGUCAUCUGCGCUUUCCUGCCAAUCCUCUGAACAAUGUCGGCGAUAGAGAAGCUGUUCAUUCAGAUCUUCGAGAAGAAGAAGCGAAUCAUUGAUCAGGCCCAUCGCCAGUGCCAUCUAUUCGACCAGCACCUUGUCUCUAAACUCCUUAUCGAUGGAAUCAUCCCUCCUCCAUGGUUGUCCAACCCUAUGCUUGCCUCCCUUAACUCAGAUCCCAAAGAUUUGAAUGAAGAUGAUCUUAUAUUUGGAGCUCUAUUCUCGACAGCACAAUCUACAAUUCCUAUCUCUGAUCGUCGUUGCAGUCUGCAGGGCAACGUCGUUGCUACAACUCAUGAUGAUCAGCGUCAAAGUGGUUUGCAUGGUGAAUUUCAUGUUCUAAAUAGAGACAUCGAUGCAGGAGAUAGACUUUCAAAUUUGCCAGAUUGCUCUGUCAAUAAUGUUGGCCGUUCCUCAAUUAGUGCUGCAGAAAUGGAAUCUGCUGCUAUAUCUCCUCAAAUUCAGAUGGAAUCAAGAAUCCCACAGAGUUACAAUGACCCAGCUCUCUCACUGGCAAAGUUGCAAAGAUCAAAGUCAAGGCAGAGGGCUCUGGAGCUCCGUCAUAGUGCUAAGGCAGCUAAAAGCUGUUUUGGAGAUGAUAAUAAUACUAGUGUUUGUGCUGGCGGAAAAACAGGUUCUGCAACUUCUUCCCCACAAUUGGGCCGUUUUGAAGGGUCAGGAUUGGCGAAUGCUUCCAAUACCAAUAUCCAAGGUUGUGCUGCAGAAGAAGUAGAAAGAGGCGAGUGUUUGACUCAGAGAAAUGAUCAGUCUAAUUGUUCUCGACGUGUUACGAGAUCUAGAAGCUUAGCACUGAAACUCAACUCUUCGAAUGUGGUUAGUUCUUCCGAAGUGGAAGAUGGUCCUGAGUCUAAUAAUGUGAUCCAACGAUUGGAGCCAAUUAAUGCCCCUUGUUUUUCAAAUGGAAGUUGCGAAGCUAAGGAGACAAAUAAAGGAGAUUAUCAGAGGAGGGUAACGGAAAACAAUGCUUUUAGUAAGAGAGUAACGAGAUCUAGAAGUACCAGCCAAACAAAAUGCGACAAUGAAUUGUUGGAGCUUGAAAGUGCCUUGGCUGGAGGUAAUGGAGUCGAACUCCUGGAUUCUUUGCAACCAGUAGUUAACGGUGGACUAACAUUGAUUAGCAAAACCCGUGAUCAUGAAAAUGAAUGUCAGAGGAAAGCAACCAAAGAUGGCGACUGCUGCAGUGACAAACAAGAAAGCAAUGUUAAGAUUAGAAGAUUGCCUGGAAGUUUUUGCCAGUCACCUAUUGAAGAUGUUUUUAUGCAUGGUGGUUCGUUAAAGUCAAUCGGGAAAUCAAUUCAAUCACCUCAACCUUCAGUUUCACAGCAUUCACAGCUUCCUGCAAUGGCUGUUGUUGGUUCCUUCCGUUGUGAGGAGGAUCCAGAUUUAUGUGCGUUAAAAGUGAAGACUAAUGAAGGAAAAUCGAAGUCAGUCAGCAACAUUUUUGUUGAUAGAAGUUCUACCUGCUCUCAUUCUACUGCUUCUAAUAGAUAUCCUGAGUUAGAGGGUACUGAAAUUGUUGCUGGAAGAACCUCUACAAGUGAAAAGGAUUGCAAAUUUGAUACCGAAAUUGCAGCAGCAGCUUCUUGUGGAAAUACAAGGGCUGUGGCUACCUCCACAACUGAAGGAUCAUUGAGGCCUGUGAAUUCUUCCUAUUUAGAUAGCAGAAAUUCGGGGCGUAGACCUUCAACUUUGAACAAGUCUUUGCUUGAGAAAUCAUUGCGUGCUGAAACAGUUGUGGCCAAGAAAUCCAUGGACACUCGAGAAAAUAUAAUAUCAGGUGCCAAUGUCACUCAUAAUAUUGAUGACAGAUCUGCUGGAACUUUAACCAAAGUUGCUGCAGAGUUUGACGUUUUGGUUGAUAAACAUAAUGCUAGCUUAGGAUCUUCCCCUAAAGUUGGAUUGGACGUUUCAGUCUCAAGGCCGCCGCCCUCUAAUUUUGUAUUGUCUGUGAAGCCCAAACAACUUGAUUUUGAUAAUGUUGCAGAAUUGAGUAUGAAUGGAAUUCCUGGUGCUGAUCAAAAAGCAGGACAGGACGUACCGCCAGAUAAAGGAACUUUGACCAUGUUAGAACCAGGAUGUUUGGAUAACAAAUUAACAUCUCGUGUAUUCCAUGAGAAGUGCAACUUUUCCAUGGAUACGCAAUUGCUAGUCAGGCAGGAAGUUACGGUCAGAGAAGACGGACCUCAAAUGAAAUCUUGUGAAAGCCAUUUAGAGGAGAUUGAUGCAGCCGGGAAACCGCGAAAUGUCAUGACAUCCAAAUCACAGUCAUUUGUGGUUCAGGAGUCAUGUCCUCAUACUUCCAUAGGAAGUCAGAACUUACCUUCCUCAACGAACCGCAAAAUUCCAUCACAAACUGCUGGUCAAAAUUCAUCAGGAAGUUCCUCAAAGGAAGCUAUGGCAACCAAACUUUCUUCAGAAAACAUUUACGGGGGAGGUGAUGAAUGUGGUUCUAGAAUAAUGGAGGACACUUGUUCUACAGCAGUUAAAGACAGUGAUCUGCUUGGAAAUGCAGCUCAAUCUGUUAACAAUCUUGCAGUUGGGUCUGCAGCUGCCAUGGGUGAAUCGAACAUUUCUUUGACAAACCCGGUCGCAAGUUCUGGCGUUUGCUUACAUCAAAAUAAUAGCUUAUCGGGAGGGAAGUGGAUCAAUGAUGAAAAGGAUGUUGGUUUUUCAAAAAAAUUCCAGAUUGUGAAAAAUUCCACAGGGAGUGUUGCCUCUGAUAUGGAGCAUUCUUGUCCUCAACAUAAGAGAAGAAAGACUGAGAGUCAUGCAGAGAGAUCUCUAACUUCCUCUCCUAGCCAUCUGGAAAAGCUACAUGGAUCUAAUAACACCAGGUUGGUGAGUGGGAACUUCAAUAUUAAAGAAGAUAACCGAGAGGCCAGCAUAGAAGUUCAAUAUUUGACAUCUCAUCAAGAGGAUAUGGAAAAUUCGCAUGUCAAUGACAGUACAGCUGAAGAAAUGCAAAAUACCAAGGGAUACAACAUAAUCGAGGGGUCAUCCCUUGAUGUAAGUUCGGACCAGAAAAUGAACUUGGAUGGAAGGGACAGAAGUGGCAACACUCUUCUUUCUUUUACUUCAAACGGAUUAGGAGAAUCCGUUGUACCUUGUUUGACUGAACAGGGCUCUAGCAACUCUUACUAUUGUUUGACGGCGCAGAAGUUACUGACAAAUUCAUGUGGUUUUGGCAUUGGCUCAAGCAAGCGGUGCACCGCAGGCAAGAACCUGGAUGCAGAAGGAAGCAGUUCGGGAAGGAUUUAUCCGGAAGAGACUGCUAUGCUCUUAGAAGGUUCAUCUGUUUCUCAAGGGAUCCAACAUUCGGAUCUGAUUGGUGCAAAUGAAACUGUACCCGAGAUGGAAGGUUUCAUUAUCCAACCAGAUAAGGCAAGGCCGUGCACUGACGGAGAUCAGAUUGAAUUAGAAAAGUUGAACUUGUCAAGUGAUACAGAUGAAUAUGCCUCCAUUUUGAAGCGCCUUGGCAGUUCUACUUUCUUGCAUUCUCCGUUGUGCUCUUCUUCUAACCCAUAUAGAUUACACAAGAUACCGGACCUUUAUCGGUCUUUACCAAAUGGACUUGUCGAAGGCAUGAUGGAUAUGAGGACUUCCCUUCCUGUAAAUAGUGAGAGUGGAAAGUCGUUUUCUGAUUGCCUACCGAAUUGCAAAACUCAAUCAACUUGGGACAUCAAGAAAGCUUGUGUUUCUCCAAUUCAAACUCUAUGGGAUAGAAUUAAUUCGAAGUAUGGCAGUUCAGGGAAACGGGAAAGUUCAAUACCGGAGCUGCCCUGUAUUGAUGAAGAAAAUGAGGCUGCGGAUGAAAUAGCCACUACUUUCCAAAAUAGAAUUCGACCAGAAAGGACGACUGUCUCAAUCACGAGAGAACCACUUGCGGAAAUUACGGAUAAUGCAAAGCCUUCAUUUGUUUCUCAAGAUGAUAUAUUGGCUGAAGGAUGUGGCCUUGAUUCGGUGGCCAGAGAGUUCAGCUUCUGUGGCACUAACAAUCAGGAAAAACAGAAACUUGAAAAAGGUAGUGCCGGCAGGAGAAGAUUCACCGGUAAGGGGAAGGAGAACCAGAAUUUAUCCCGAGGAGCAAGUCAUGCUAGGAGGACCGCUGAAUCGCUUCGCAAUAGAUCCAGUAGGCCCAAGUUGUCUGGCAAAAAUAGCAUGAACAAAGGUCCCACUUAUCCCGGUGGGAAGUCUUCGUGCAGCAAUAUUGUAUCCAACGUCACAUCCUUCAUUCCUCUUGUACAACAGAAACAAGCAGCAGAAGUUAUUACAGGGAAGAGGGACAUUAAAGUUAAAGCCCUUGAGGCUGCUGAGGCUGCAAAGCGUAUCGCUGAAAAGAAAGAGAAUGAACGUAAGAUGAAAAAAGAAGCAUUGAGACUUGAACGGGAAAGAAUGGAGCAAGACAACAAAAGACAACUGGAGCUGCAGAACAGAAAGAAAGAGGAGGAACGAAAGAAACGGGAGGCAGAAAUAGCGGCAAAGAAGAGACAGAGGGAAGAAGAAGAAAGAAUCGAGAAAGAAAGAAAAAGAAAGCGUGUUGAGGAAGCAAAACAGAGAGAGGAAGAAGAAAGAAAUGAGAAAGAGAGAAAAAGGAAGCGUGUUGAGGAAGCAAGGAGGAAGCACCAAGAGCGUGAGAAGAUAUGUGCUAAGAAAGAAGAAAAAGGAACAAAAUGCUGUGAUGCUGUCGAUGGAAAAAAUGAAAGCAAGGAAUGUACAGAUGGAAGGGAAAAAUGCAAGAACUUGGAAAAUGAUAGAGAAGGCAACAUGAACCUUCCAUUGGCUGAAACUCCUACUAGCAAGAACCCAUCGGUUGAUGAAACAAAAGAAAGCGAAACUAAUAAAGAAAUGGUAAUUGGCCAUACUAUCAAACGAACUGGAAAGGAUGAUUUGAUCAUCCAAAACACGAUUGAAGAGCAAUCAUACGACAUUUCUCCAUACAAAGGUUCGGAUGAUGAAGAAGAAGACGAUGAUGAUAGUGCAGAUACCGAUAAAUUUGUCCCCUCAUGGGCAAGUAAGCAACGCCUGUACGUGGCAGUUUCUUCCCAGAGAUUGGUUGAUCCAGAAACCAUAUUUCCUCUUCAAAGCUUUUGUAAUAUUUCAGAAGUUCUCCUGCCUCGAAGACUUCAAGGUAAGUAGGGAUUUCAGCAAUUAGUGAUUGUUUUCUUCUUGAUCUCCAAAGGAGGCCCAGAUAGAUGUACAGUAAGAGAAGCACAUUAUGAUGAGCGAGAAAGGUAUUGAACGAGGUAGGGAUUUCAUGCUCUUUCUAGAUACUCGUGGAAAGAGAUGAAGGCACCAGGCGGUCACAGGUACACCAUGCAGGACCCUUACUUUGAUAUGAGGUUUCUUGUUUCUCAACAAUUCCUAGCAUUGUUGAUUUGGAGUGACCUGAAAUGUGCCACGGUGCUUUUGGUUUAUUGGUUUAUUGUGAAAUCAUGAAAUUAGUUUAGAGGUCUGAUGCAUAUUGAAGUCCUUUUUUGUGCAAACAAAAUGAGAAGGUAGCAGUAUAUAAAUAGUAGGUUAAAUUGCAAAUAUUGUAUGGAUGAGUUGUAUGUCCUACUCCUAACUUCUGAAAUUUUUUAUCUUUAAUGUUUCAAAUUCCAUAGCUUAA